UUCUUUCUUCGUCUUCUUUUUUUUUUCUCUCCUCCAAGAAAGGGAUGGAUGGAUUCCCUCUUCUUCUUCUUAUUCCUUGCUUGUUCCUCUUCCUCUUUCUCACCACCCCUUUUGUUUUUCGUUUCUCUUAUAUAUCUCUUCCCCUUCCUUUCCUAAACGGACUCUUCUUCAAUGGCGGAGGAAUCCGACUCUCUCGAGUAUACUCCCACCUGGAUAGUUGCCCUCGUCUGCUCCGUCAUCGUCAUCAUCUCUCUCAUUGUCGAACGCUUACUUCACUACUUGGGAAAGUGGUUGAAACAUAAGAAACAGUAUGCACUUUUUGAGGCCCUGGAGAAGCUAAAAGAAGAGUUGAUGCUUCUCGGCUUUAUUUCUCUUCUAUUAACUGUCCUUCAAGGUCUGAUCAGCCACAUAUGCAUCCCAACGAACUUUUCUCAUCACAUGCUUCCAUGCAAGAGAAAUGUCGCCUCUGCUUCUGGACAAGAGACCCAUUAUCAUGAUUCCUCUGCUGGACUUACAUGGAACCGGCGACGGCUUUUGUCUGGGGACACUAGUUCUGAUAAUUGCACAAAGCAGGGCAAAGUACCACUAUUAUCUAUUGAAGCACUACAUCAACUGCACAUUUUUAUCUUUGUGUUGGCAGUUGUCCAUGUUGUUUUUUGUGCCACUACGAUGGUUCUUGGAGGAGCAAAGAUACGACAAUGGAAGCACUGGGAGAAUUCAAUUCGCUAUAGGAUUUCAAUGGAUGAGAAGGGCCUCAUUCCGACGGAAGGAAAGGGUGCAGUUUCAGAAACAGAUCAAACCCUUCAUGUUCAUCGUCGUCAUCAUCAUACAUUCAUCGUAGAGCGUGCACAGGGAUUUUGGAGGAGAACAACUGUUGUGAGCUGGUUGAUGUCAUUCUUCAAACAAUUUUAUGCCUCCGUUAGCAAGUCAGAUUAUGCUGCACUUCGGUUGGGAUUUAUCAUGCAACACUGCAGAUCAAACCCAGGUUUUGAUUUUCACAAGUACAUGAUGCGGGUACUGGAAAAUGAUUUUAAGAGAGUUGUUGGUAUAAGCUGGUACCUGUGGCUUUUCGUUGUUAUCUUUCUGUUGCUGAAUGUGGAUGUGGAUGGAUGGCACACAUAUUUCUGGCUAUCGUUUCUUCCUUUGAUUCUUCUAGUUCUUGUGGGUGCGAAACUAGAGCACAUAAUAACUCGUAUGGCUCAAGAGGCCGCAGAGAAGCACAAGGAUGCUGCAGCGACUCCUGAUGAUGCUACAGUGAAACUUUCCGAUGAACACUUUUGGUUUAAUAAGCCUCGCAUUGUCCUUUACUUAAUCCAUUUCAUCUUAUUCCAGAAUGCAUUCGAAAUCGCAUUCUUCUUCUGGAUCUUUAGCACCUACGGAUUUAAUUCGUGCAUAAUGGAAAAAGUGGGUUACAUUGUUCCCAGGCUUAUUAUUGGCGUGCUUAUUCAAGUUCUUUGCAGCUACAGUACCCUUCCUUUGUAUGCAAUCGUUACCCAGAUGGGUAGCAACUUCAAGCAAGAGAUAUUUGGCGACGUGGGAGAAACCGUGAAAGUUUGGUUUGGUGACAAAGAUCGUAAGUCUUCAUCGGUGUUGGGGACUCGUUUUGGUAGGAGUGGUUCAUCCAAGGGUGAAAUCCAGAUGCAAAAAAUGGCUGUUGAAGAAUUUGACAGUGCUCAUGUUGCCGAUCAAGCAGUUGACUUGGAAGGAAUUACAACAUCAGUGACUGAACAUUUGGAUUCAAGACAAAUACCUCAGAUUUGAGUUUCUCAUUUUAGGGAGUCCUUGGCAAUAUUAUCUCCGAUAUUAUCCAAACAUCUCCAAUAUUUUCUUUAUUUCCAGCUCAGCGAUACCGAUAACACUGGUAGUAUAAGAAAUUACGAGUAUUAGCAAUGUAUCGCCAACGUAUCAAUAUUACUAAUGUAAUCAUCAAUAUUUUCAACUAUGUAAAUUCUAGGUGUCACCUGUAUUGCCAAUGCAUCAAUAUCGCUAAUGUAUCUACAAUAUUUUUUACUAUGUAAAUUCUAGGUAAUGCUCGUAUCAUAAGUGUAUCGACGAUAUUUCAAUAAUAUCACCAACGUAUUGAUAUCAUCAAAAUUUUUAUUU